UACUUGCGAUCCGUGAUUUGCAAUGUCCGCAUUCUUAAAUUCAGGUUAAACAUACCGAAACAAUGAUGAGGAGAGUUAUGGAGCUUCUAGGCCGCCUGAUACUCGACGAAGUUCAACGAAAAACUUGCGCGUCACUUCCACCUGACAUGCGUGAAUUUUUACAGUGGAUGUUAAGAGUGGAUGACGACGAUAAACCAUCGGAACAGGUCCCACCUUUGCCAUUGGUGCACAAUCAAGAACCACAUCAACAUCGAACGGAUAAAUUCUUAUUCGGAGAUUCUUCAAUUGGUAACGAAAGCGCAGAGCUGGACGAGCUGAACAAAAAAGUCAGAUUGCUGAAACGUCUCAUCGAAGAAUACAACGCGCUCACUACCAAAGAGAAGACGAAAGUUCAAGUCGUUCACGACUACCUGGUUAGCGAUUGUUUGAAAUCAGGAUUUUGCUUCAUACAUUUGUCACAAUCACAUAUCGUGAUAGGUCAAACAACUGCGACUUCUACUGGAGUAUAUAGAGUCGAAGCAGGCUGGUGGCGUGAAGAACGAAGGGAGUACAUUAGGAGAUGCAAAUAUACUCCAGUACCAAAACGCUGUGCCCAAUCCAAAUGAAACUGUAACACCGCAAUCGACUCUCUCUCCGUUAGUGAACGCACCGAGUAUCGGGAUGCUUAGCAACGCGACGUUCAACAUGGACCAACCGUACAGACGUUAGUCGAGGAUAAAACCAUUCUGUUAAUUCCAUCUAUGAAACCAUACCUCUAACAUCUUUCUCGGUUUCA